AUGGAAAAGAAUUCUAGCCGUUUAAAGGCUGUAAAUUUGACAAAGUUACAAGACUCCUAUAAAAGAUACGUUCGCGUAGUUCCACGGCAACUGAGGGUAAAGGAACUGUCUGAUAGCUGGCACUCGCGUACACCUGAUUAUAGGUUAAACCUAACGCACUCAAAGUGGAAUAAGAGGUUAAGCAAUUGGCGCAAACUUGUACACCGUUGGGACCGCAUUAGCGACGCCCAGUGUGAUUUAUUAUCAGACUGCUUAAAGCGUGGUGAUCUUGAGGGAUUUGUGUCCAUUUGCGAGUCGAGCAAUAAGGAGUCGGUUGAUUUUGACGUCUGUGACCAUUUACUUGGCCAGCAUACCGCCGAUUUAUAUUAUCCAAUAAUUUAUAAGCCUUUCUGGUUCAAAGGCGAUAUUAACAGUAACGGGUUCCAAACGGUGGAUGAAACUACAUUUUUAAACAAGUCUGAACAGAGUUUAAACGGUUUGGAUAAGCCUUUUUGCGAUAAUUUUAUCUCCACCUAUACCAACUCGAGAUUAUAA